UCCAAAACCCCACUCUUUCUCCCUCUGUAGAGCUCCAAACUCUCUCAUGGAGAUCGAUCCCAAAGAGUACCAAUUGCGCUGCGAACUCCGAGGCCACGAAGACGAUGUACGUGGGAUUUGUGUGUGUGGAAAUGCGGGCAUAGCGACGUCGUCUCGGGACCGGACCGUGCGGUUCUGGUCCCCGGACACGUCGGACGAGCGCAAGUACGCGGCAUCGAAGAUUCUGCUGGGGCACACCAGCUUCGUGGGCCCGUUGGCGUGGAUUUUUCCGAACGAGGAGUUCCCGGAGGGCGCUAUCGUGUCCGGCGGCAUGGACACGCUUGUUCUGGUGUGGGACUUGAGGACCGGUGAGAAGGUGCGGACGCUGGAAGGUCACCAAUUGCAGGUGACUGGGGUUGCGUUGGAUGAUGGCGACAUUGUGUCGGGCUCGGUUGAUUGGUGA